UGGUGUGCGUUUCGCGGGCCACACCCGGCCUCCCUCGGCGAGGGAAAGUGUCUCAGGAGCGGUGGGCCAACGGCUAGGGGUUGGGGUGCAGGGAGGGCCUCAGGUCCUGGGCCGGGCGUGCAGGGCGGGGGAGGAGAGCGGGGCGCGAGGCGGCGCCGGGUGCCCGGGGACAUGGCGCGGCCGGAUGAUGAGGAGGGGGCAGCGGUGGCGGCCGGGCACCCGCCCGCGAAAGGCUACCUCCUGGUCCCGGGGGACGCGCCCGCCGACAAGGUGAGCGCGGAGCUGCAGAACGGGCUCAAAGCCGGCUGCCUGGCGCUGAAUGGGGUUCCUCGGGACAGCCCCGCGGCCGUCUUGGGAGCCCUGGGCAGGCCGCAGUCUCCGCCGGGCCCGGAGGAGGAGACCCAGGUCCGGCUGCUGCCCACGGGCCCCGGGGAGAAGACCCCAGGGCCCGAGGGCGCCCAGGUGGCCCGGACGGCGCUCUCCGCGCGGCGCUUUGUGGUGCUCCUGAUCUUCAGCCUGUACUCGCUGGUGAACGCCUUUCAAUGGAUCCAGUACAGCAUCAUCAGCAACAUCUUCGAGGGUUUCUACAGCGUCUCCUCGCUGCACAUCGACUGGCUGUCCAUGGUGUACAUGCUGGCCUACGUGCCCCUCAUCUUCCCGGCCACCUGGCUGCUGGACACCAGAGGCCUGCGGGUCACCGCCCUGCUGGGCUCCGGCCUCAACUGCCUGGGCGCCUGGGUCAAGUGCUGCAGUGUGCAGCAGCAUCUCUUCUGGGUCACCAUGCUGGGUCAGUGCCUGUGCUCCGUGGCGCAGGUGUUCAUCCUCGGUUUACCUUCCCGCAUCGCAUCAGUGUGGUUUGGGCCCAAGGAGGUCUCCACAGCUUGUGCCACCGCCGUGCUAGGCAAUCAGCUUGGAACUGCAGUUGGCUUUUUGCUACCACCAGUCUUAGUGCCCAACACACAGAAUAACACAGAUCUCCUGGCUUGUAAUAUCAGUACCAUGUUUUAUGGAACAUCAGCUGUUGCCACACUUUUAUUUAUUUUAACAGUAAUUGCAUUCAAAGAAAAACCUCGGUAUCCACCAAGUCAGGCUCAAGCAGCGAUCCAAGACAGUUCCCCUGAAAAGUACUCCUAUAAGAAGUCAAUAAGGAACCUAUUUAAAAACAUUCCUUUUGUUCUUCUACUGAUAACGUAUGGUAUCAUGACUGGAGCAUUUUAUUCAGUCUCAACAUUAUUAAAUCAAAUGAUACUGACAUAUUAUGAGGGAGAAGAGGUGAAUGCUGGAAGGAUUGGGCUGACACUGGUAGUAGCUGGAAUGGUGGGCUCCAUUCUUUGUGGCUUAUGGCUGGAUUAUACCAAAACAUACAAACAGACUACUCUGACAGUUUACAUUUUGUCUUUUGUUGGAAUGGUUAUAUUUACUUGCACAUUGGACCUUGGAUACAUUAUCAUCGUGUUUAUUACUGGAGGGGUGCUUGGUUUCUUCAUGACUGGUUACCUCCCCUUGGGUUUCGAAUUUGCUGUUGAAAUCACUUACCCAGAAUCUGAAGGUACUUCCUCUGGUCUUCUUAAUGCUGCUGCGCAGACAUUUGGAAUUUUAUUCACAUUGGUUCAAGGAAUGCUCACAUCAAACUAUGGUCCUAAGGCAGGAAACAUUUUCCUCUGUGUUUGGAUGUUUAUAGGCAGCAUUUUAACAGCAUUAAUCAAGUCUGAUCUGAGAAGACACAAUAUAAAUAUAGGAAUUGCAAAUGGCGAUAUUAAAGCUGUACCAGUUGAUAGUCCCACAGAUCAAGAAUCAAAAACUAUUAUGAUGUCUAAGUCGUCAGAAUCAGCAAUUUAAGGUGAAAGGAAAAGUUAAUAUCAUGUGAUAAUUGAGCAGUAAGGCUUGGUUUAUAGAUUAUGGGGCAUGGACACUUAGUUGAAAAUUAUUAUUAUAUGACUCCUAAAUGUUAUUACUGUUUUGCUUAAUUGUUAAUUUAAGCAAUAUCUUACUAAAAAUAUUUUCACUUACAUCGUUUUAACACUACCAUUUAUAUAAUGAAUGUCCCAUUUUUAGUGUUAAAUUGUCGAUCUGAAAGUAAGCUUC